AUGGCAAUCUUUUACAUUAAUGCUGAUCCUGUGCCUAGUGUGGUUGAUGGCACUAGCUACCCAAAUGAUGCUGAGGUGAGUAUACUACAACGGUUUGCACACUAUUCUGCCGUAACAUAUGAGGCAAUCCCAACGGUGGAGAGCUGGACCUGUGUCCAUUGUAAAGAGAUUCCUGGUGUCAUUAGCGCUAAACCUUUGAUAAAUGUUCUAAAUAUAAAUUCAAAUGAUAAUAAAUUAUCUCUAAACAUUAACAUUGAUUUAUCAUUUUUAGAGUUCGUAAAUUUGCAUAAUGAGAAUAUUGAUUUUCUUGCAUAUGUCAUUGUUAAUAAUCAAACUCGAGAGAUUGUUAUCGCCUUCAGAGGGACAGAUCAUGAUAAUUGGGUCAAUAUUAUAAACGAUGCGCUAGCAAUUUUACAAAUUGUAUAUCCCUUUUAUGGUGAUCAGGCACAAACUCUUGCGAAUCGUUUUCCUGGAGCAAAUGUUGGUCUUGGAUUUUAUGGUACCUGGAGUUAUUUUCAAUCAUGUCUUUUGAAUGAAUUAACUUCCUUGAUGGCGGCAUAUCCAAACUUUGGAAUUUCUGUGACUGGUCAUAGCUUAGGAGGAGCUUUAGGAUUAUAUCAAGCUCUUCACAUUCGCCAAAUGUUUCCGAAUGUUCAACCUUGCUUUUACGCUUUUAACAUGCCACGUGCUGGUAAUAUAGAUUUUGCCAAUUAUGUUAAUGAAGCAUUAAAUUGUAUAUACCAUGUUGCGCGAAAAGGUGAUAUAGUUUCACAAGCUCUCUUUCCACCAUUUUGGGCACAUCCUAAAGGUGAAAUAUGGAUAUUUAACCCAGAUAAGAUACCCUAUACACAAGGGAGUUUCGUAUGCACCGGAAAUGACAACCAG